AACGAAUUGCGUCACCCAUUAGCAGAUGAUUUAUAAAAUGAGCGAAAACAAUUACGAAGAAAUAUAAGGAACACAGUACAGUAUGAGUGAAAAUAAGCUUUAGUACUUAACUGGGACCUAAUUAGUAUGGCAGAUAAAAAGAAAAAAAUUAUGAGAGAUGAAGUGGCAAAAUUAAUACGUGCAGUACUUCAGAGUUCUAAAGGAGGAGUUUAUGCACACAGUUUACAAAGUGAUUAUAAGUUUGUUGCUAGAGAACCUAUUCCAUAUAAAGAAUUAGGAUACCCAACUUUAGAAAGUCUCUUAACUGAUAUGCCAGAUGUUGUGAAAUUUGUUAAGACACCUUCAGGUGACUGCAUGUUCCAGGCUGUUUCAGUUGCCUCUACAAAUCACAUUGAAAAUCUUGUGGCUCGUCAAAAAUCUUCAAAAACUAAAAGCUUGAACAAACCACAGAGACCUUUUCGCAGGCCUGCACCUAGUACAAGUAGAUGGACACCUCCAAACAAAAAUUAUUUGUCUCGUGGUCCACCACCAAGUAGUAGAAAGCCGCUUGGUCAUUCUCCUGUCAAGCCACAUUUCACUGUAAACAAUAAUGCUGAUGGGUUAGGUAAUAAACCUAAUAGACAUAAAAAGUCUUCACACCAAAAAUUUAAAACUCCUGUGAACAAGUAUCCUAGGUCUGUUGAAUUACCACCACGUUUUCAGAAGCAUUUUUCACAGAUAUUAACAGAAUCUGUACCUUCACCACUUCAACCACAGGAAGAAUUAUGGCAAGUAAAACCUCAUCAGACUUCAAAACUUGUAACUAAUUCAAAAACGUAUAAAGAGAUGAUAGAAAAAUAUGUCAAAGGGAAAGGUCUAGAAUCUGCAAUAUACAAAACAAUGCCACUGAUGUCAAGCAAGAACAAAAGUGAAAAUGGUUGGGUGUGUACAGUCAAGGUUGCUGAUCAAAGUUUUCGGUCUUACCCAAAUGAAAAACCCACAAAAGCAGAAGCAGAAGAGGAAGCUGCUAAAGCAGCUGUAGAAGGUCUAGGCAUUGGUCAAGAACAAACCAAUGGAGAGCUGCCUGUGGCACCAGUCAGCACUUUAGAAGAAAUUCAAAAUUUGACCACAAGACUUGCAGGAUUGGUAUCAAAUCGACCAAAUGGAGUGUGGAGUACAAGGGUCCCGUUUGAAUACAAGGAAAGUUUCCAAGAAAACUUGCCACCCAAUUGGUUAAAUCUCUUGAUGGAUGGAAAUUGUGUCAGAAUUGAUAAGGUGGAAAAUGACAGGUGUAUUUUGUACCCAUGGAAAUCUUACAGUAAACAGACUUCUAAGAAUGAUUGCCCAACUCCAGAACAGCCAUCCAGUUUAGAUGAUUCUGAACACACUGAAUCAGAUACUAGCUCAAUUUCAGGCUUGCCUGAUCCACUUCAACUACCAGAAGGGACACACUGGGAUGUAUUUGUUGGCUGUGUCAACAGUUCAGUUGACUUGGCAGUGAGGCUUUUGGAUUAUGCUGAAAAAUUUGAUGAACUAGCUACUGACAUGGAACUUUAUUAUUUUGACAAUAAUCAUCCAGUUAGGGAAGUUGUUGAAGGUGGUUUAUAUGCUGUCAAGAGUGAUGAAUCAUGGCACAGAGUCCAGAUUCUGUCCAUGGAUGAGCUAGAGGUCGAGUGUUACUUUGUAGAUAAUGGAGAUACUGAUAAGGUGAUGAUUACAGAUCUACAGGAAUUGGAACCAAAGUUUCUUUGUCUUCCCUUCCAGGCUGUACAUUGCCAACUUGCAGGAUUAGAGGAUUAUGCUGAAGAGAGCAAUACAAGUUACCAUGUAGUAGACCUUAUUAUGGGAAAAACCAUGGUUGCUGAAGUGGUAACAAGGGAAGAACCUAUUCAAGUGAUCUUAUAUGAUACUUCUACUGAAGAAGAUAUUAACAUCAAUGAAAAGAUAAUAAACAUAACAGCUAAAGAAGCAAUUACUCCAAAGCUUCCUCAGGCUGGCCAUAUCACCAGAGCAUUUCUUACCCAUGUUUCCAAAGAUGGAGACAUUUUCAUUCAGAUUGCUGGACAUGGUCUUACACUUUUACAGAGCUUGAUGUCAGAGAGUAGCACUAUGUUUAAAGAAGCCAUAGGUAGCAUUGUGAAACCAGCAAUGGACCAGAUGUAUUGUGUGAAAUGCGACGCUGACAGUGCUUGGUAUAGAGCUGUAGUAACUAGUUUAGCAUCCAAUACAUCAUCAUCAGUGGAGGUUUUAUAUGUAGAUUAUGGUAGAGCUGCUACUGUUCCUAUUCUUAACAUGUGUGAACUGGAAGCUCUUAGUGAAACAUUAACUCAAAUACCACAUCAGGCAAUACGUUGCAGAUUGGAUGGUAUUCCACCUGAUAGUAAAUUACAAUGGUCCCAACAAGCUGUAGAUAAACUAUUCCAACUUGCUCCAUUAGGACAGGAAUUUAUCUUAAAGGUAAUUAAAGAAGCAACUUCUACUCAACCUGCAAGUGUUGAAUUAUUUAAGAGAAUUCAACCAACUGAUGAGCUUGUUUCAAUUAACACCACUCUCUCUCUGUCUAAGGAAAUAUUUAGUAGAAGAAAUUCAGUAACUUCAUCCACAGCUGACAAAUCAAGCAGUUCACUCAAGUCCUCGUUGAUUUUAAGGAGAAUGUCUUCUCUACCUAAAGUCAAAUCAUUAUUCAUAGCUCCAAGUAGUCCACCACAAACCAUUGAACCAGCAAUCUCCAGUUCUCUUACACCUGUCUCUCCUCUGAAUCUCUCAGCGGGAGAUGAUCAAGCUUUUUCAAAAUUCAGGUUAAAGCAGAUAGCUGUGACUCCAGAUGAUUCAGAAAAUCUCAAUUUCCCACCACUUCAGCUUCCCAAAGUCCCUGAAGUAGGGGAAUAUUUUGACCUUUUAAUAACUGUUGCAGCUAAUCCACAUAAUUUUUCUUGUCAGUCUUGGAAACAUGGACAGAUAUUACAGCAAUUAAAUGAAGAAAUGCAGUCCUUUUAUUCCUUAGAGGAAAACAUAUGUGAUAUGCAUGAAUGCUUGCUACAAGAAGGGCAGUUCUAUGCUGGAAAACACAACAAAGAUGACUUGUGGUACAGAGUUAGAGUAAAAAAUAUUCUGCAACAAGAUCCAUUAAUGGUAAUUGUUCAUUUUGUGGACUAUGGAGACUUUUCCAUGAUGAGUCUUCAGGACCUACAACCUUUGUGGAAACAGUUCAGGUCUCUUCCAUGCCAAGCCAUCCAUGGAUCAUUAGCUGACAUAGUCCCUCUUCAUGGUGACUGGAAUCCAUUACAGUGCUUUGAAUUUCAGAAGAUUGUUGUAGAUAAACCUUUUGUUUCUGUGGUACGAAAGAAGGUUUUUGACACUGAGAUUGGCAUGGGAAGUCACAAACUUGAACUAACCCUUAUUGACACUUCACUGCCUGAUAAAGACAUUCUUAUCCAUGAGAUGCUGAUUGAUAUAGGUAUGGCCAAACUAAAGAACUCUAGCUGAGCUAACAACAAACAUCAAUUAAUAAUAAAGGUUAAAAAGCAUCAGAAUAUUGGCAAACAAAUUAAAAAAUCAUCAGUAGUGUUUAACUGCUGAUUUAUUACAAUAAAAUGGAUGUUUGUGCAAGCUGAAUUGUCUAAAAUUAUGCUGUUGUGAGUAAAGAAAGAGGCUUUUUAAAAAAGAAAGAUGUCUGCCUACAAAAAUGAAAGCUUUAAAUAACAUGUCUUCACUUUCUAGUAUAGCUUUUUGUGGGCUUUCUAAUUAGAAUUAGUUUUAAUUAUGCAGUUAAA